AACGGUUUGAUGGGGACACCAGGCCGCGAGGAGAUUGCCGCGAUGCUCCCGUCUUUGCAGGAGUCGCUGGAUGGGGAUGAAAAGGAGCUAGAGAGCAGCGAGGAGGGUGGCUCUGCGGAGGAGCGGAGACUCGAGCCACCGCCCAGCAGCCACUACUGCCUGUACAGCUACCGCGGAAGCAGAUUGACACAGCAUCGAGGGGAGAGUGAUGAUGGGCACUCGAGUGGCACAAAUGCAGAAACUCCCUCUGGCAAUGAUUUCAGCCUCUCCUUGGUGGAUACUAGCCUACCAUCUGAAGUGGAGCCUGAGCUGCGCAGUUUCAUUGCUAAGCGUCUUUCCAAAGGAGCAUUCUUUGAAGGGCUGGGUAAUGUUGCAUCUGUAGAGCUGAGAAUCCCAGGUUACCGAGUUGGUUGUUAUUACUGCCUUUUCCAACAGGAAAAACUGCUUUCCAAAAUGGCAGCAAUGGAAUCUGAACAUAACCCUUCCGAGCACGUGGUGUGCUUCUUAGGAGGCUCUGAAAAAGGACUGGAGCUUUUCAGGCUUGAAUUGGACAAAUAUAUUGAAGGGCUGAAAAAUAACAUGAAUUGCGAGGAAAGCAGCCUGGGGAAUGACGUAAAGUCUUAUCUGAGCAGCUGGUAUGAGGAUGUGGUGUGUCCGAUCCAAAGGGUGGUUCUUCUCUUUCAGGAGAAACUCACCUUUCUUCUCCAUGCCGCUCUAAGUUAUACUCCUGUUGAACUUAAAGAAUCAGAUGAGAAAACAAAAAGAGACAUUAACAGGUUUCUGAGUGUGGCCAGUCUCCAAGGACUUAUUCAUGAAGGCACCAUGACCUCUUUGUGCAUGGCCAUGACCGAGGAGCAGCGUAAGUCUGUGAUCAUCGACUGUAGUGGCCCCCAGCCUCAGUUCCACAAUGCAGGAAGCAACCGUUUUUGUGAGGACUGGAUGCAGGCUUUCUUACAUGGUGCUGAAGGGGGCAACCCUUUUCUUUUCAGACAAGUCCUGGAGAACUUUAAACUAAAGGCCAUACAAGACACAAACAAUUUGAAGAGAUUUAUCCAACAGGCAGAGAUGAAUCACUAUGCUUUGUUCAAAUGUUACAUGUUCCUUAAGAACUGUGGCAGUGGAGAUAUCCUUCUGAAGAUUGUUAAAGUGGAGCACGGAGAAAUGCCUGAAGCAAAAAGUGUGGUGGCGGUCCUCGAAGAGUUCAUGGCAGAAGCCCUUGUCUGAAGCUCUGACCUGUGUUGGGAGCACUGUUUGGUGCUACGUAUUGAGGCUGCCCGUGUGGAGCUGAGCUGUCAUCAUGUAUAGGAUCACACGGCUCCCAAGACGCCUGA